AUGUUUCUCACAUUUGUUUUGGCUUCUGUAUUCCUUUUCAUCCCAUCCGACUCCUUCUUAUUCCCGACAGGAGGUGGUGGUGGCGGCGGAGGGUGUGGAUGCGGAUGUCCACCACCACCGCCACCACCGCAGCCUUGCUGCCCACCACCACAACCAUGUUGUGGACGAAAAAGAAGAAAGAGAUUCACAAGAUCACUUGCUGAUAAAUCGAAUGCGCCACAUCAAGGAUCAAUCAAUUUGAAUACCAGUAUAUUGUGUAAUAUUCCGAAGCUGAGAGACGUCGUAGAAAAGAGUAUGCGAGAAUCCGCUCAAGAAUCACUAGAUUCGCUGAAAUCCUCGAUCGAUACAAGCGCAUUCCUCAUACUUUGCUCGUCGGGCAACAUCGAUUUCGUUGCUCCAACGGGCUCUCAGUUCUGCGGGGCUCAGACAACUACCCACUAUUGUCAAGUGUUUUCCAUUUCAACAUUCGAAGAAAAUUAA